UAAACAUGUUGAUGUUUGAGCAGAAACACGAGAAACAGAGGGCACGUCUGGCAUCAGUGGAGUUAAAUAGGUUUCCGUUUGAGCGACAUUCAGGGAGUUGACAGGCAGGGGGAUGACUCGAGAGUAGAAAUAGAGGAGGUUUGACUUUUCUCUCCAGAGGCGAACAAAUAACGGACAAAAUGCUGCGGUGCAUUAUUAAGAAAAUUCUCCAACAUUCUUAUGUAGGGGAACAAGGGACCAGCAAAGGUCUGCUGUCUGCGUUUCCCACUGCGCUGCUCGGUGAGCACAGAGCUGCUGUAGGACACAGGAGCAAAUCAAGUCUCCCAGAAGUGAGAGAGCGGACUCUCAUAGCUGUGAAACCAGAUGGAGUUCAUCGUCGUCUUGUGGGACAAAUCAUUCAGCGGUUCGAGCAGCGAGGAUUCAAGCUGGUUGGACUGAAAAUGUUGCAGGUGUCCGAGGAUCUUUUGUCUCAGCACUACAUUGAGCUGAGGACUAAGCCCUUCUAUCCCAGGCUUCAGCAGUACAUGACAUCAGGACCUGUGGUUGUCAUGGUCUGGGAAGGGCACAAAGUCGUGCAGACGUCCCGUGUGAUGGUGGGACAUACUAACCCAGCGGAGGCCUCAGCAGGCACAGUCAGAGGAGAUUUCAGCUUUCAUGUCAGCAGGAAUGUGGUUCAUGCCAGUGACUCACUGGAGGGCGCACAGAGGGAGAUCCAGCUGUGGUUUAAGGGGAGAGAACUCCUGAACUGGGACUGCUGUGACCAGAGUAACACUUGUGAUGUGUGAAGUUGGAGACAGUUGGUGGCAGUGAGAGUCACUAACACUACCUCCUCUCUCGCAGCUCAAAGCUGUUUUUUGUGACACUUAGAGCUGGAAAAAGAUAAGUCAUAUUCAUGGUUUCUAUCGAAGUACUGACCUCAGCAAAUGCACUUAGAAACAAAAAGAUUUACGCUGAAUUAAAUAUAUUAGUUACACUUAAUUUAAUACAACUUACACUUAAACGUAGCUGUUUUUCAUUGAACAGCCAAAGUAGGAGAGGCUUGUCUUUUUAUCUCAGGAUAGAAUAUUUGUAAUAUUUGUUUUUUUGUCAACAUGUUUGUGAAAUAAAGCAUCUCUGUGGAGUCUUAGAAAAUAA